UUAGAAGCUAGGGAUCAUUUUUGGUAAAAGUUCUCUUUCAAGUCACAGCUGAGAGCAUUACCACAACAGAUAGUGUAUUUCAGGGUUUGAACUUGGCUCCUUUACUACCUGCUUGAACACCUGAUCUGAUCUGAAGCUAGCACGUGAGCAAGUGUCAAACCCUCUUCCCAUCUUGUGUACCUCUUGCAGAUGGGUCACGUGUGGACCUGGCUGGAGUCCAAAGAAGAAUUCUUCACGGAGUCUGAGAAGAGCAGCAGCUGCCAGUCUCCCCAGGGCUCCACAGACUCUAGCUCAGAUCUUGACCUGGAACUAGGCUGCUGGAGAAAGGGGGAAGAAACUGCUGAGGAGGAGGUUGAGGAGAGCAGCAGCCAGGAGGAGGAGAGUCAGCUGGGAACGAGUGGUCCUCUGGCAUGGGAAGAUGCCAGCAGAGGGGACCAGGAAGAGGCUGGGAAGUACAAGCAGGAUGCUAUCUUGAGGUUCCUGUCAGAGGUAACACAUUUGAUGGAGCCCCUUUGCAUUGGCAGCACAUACCUGGCCCAGGGUCCACAGGGACUUUGCAGUGCUGGGGAGCAGCCUGGAACAGGAUUGCUGGAUCAUGAAGGAGACAUGAAGGGAUCUUUGAUCCACCAAGAGGAGGAAGUGGCUAAAGGAAAUCAGCUUCAGGUUCUGAAAAAGAGAACUACUUCCCAAGGAAGGGGAAAGUUGGCAUUUCAGGUCUCAGAAGGGUUGCCAGUUAUGAAUUGGGAAGCAGAAGGAAUGGAAGAGCAACAGGAUCUGUGUGAGGAGUCAGGAGACUCUCAGAUUCAGGAUGACAAUCCUGAUGAGGAAUUGGAAAAGAAGACGCUGCAAAGCCUUGUGGAAAGUGCAGGAGAAACAGAUGAAGAUGACUACUCAUUAGAGCUUACAAAUGAUACUUCCUUCAAUUGGAGAACACCGAAGGAUGGGAUGCCACAAAACGUAGAGGAAGUGGCUGCAGAAUGCACUGAAGAACAAGCUGAAGACUGGAAAGAUUGUGACUUCCACCUGAGUUACAGCAACGAUGACUCCAGUCCCUAUGGAACACCCUUGAUGAGCUCUCCUACCACAAGUACAGCUUCUUUGCCUUUGAUGCAGCUGAGCCAAGAUGACCCUCUCCAGCAGCAUUUGCUUUUCAAAAAAACUCUGUUGUCCAUCUGGAAGAUGGUGGCUGGCCACAGAUACAGCGGCCCCUUUCUGAAGCCCGUUUCCGAGAAGCAGGCUCCUGGUUACAAAGAUGUGGUGAAAAGGCCAGCCGAUCUUUCCUCCAUAAAGAGGAGCCUCUCCAAGGGCCGCAUUCAGAAUAUGGUGCAGUUCCAGCGGGAUCUCAUGCUGAUGUUCCAGAAUGCCAUCAUGUACAAUAACUCCAACCACCAUAUACAUCGCAUUGCUCUGGAAAUGCAACGAGAAGUCCUGGAGCAGCUUCAGAUGCUGGGCGAGGCACUCCUGUGCUCGGAGGAAAUGCAAGGCUUUGUGAGAAGGUGA